AUUAUCAUGGCUCAGUUUAAAUACUGGAGUUCUUAUCACCUUUAAAACACAGCCUGUAGACUAGUCAAAAAUCUGUUAAUUUUUAGGAAUAAACGGGACUAGCUGCCAUCAAGCACUUUGCUGGUCGACUGUCUUGACAUUAAUUUGGGAUUAAAAUGGUCAUCAAGGUUUACAUCGCCUCUUCAACCGGCUCUGUCGCGGUAAAAAAACAUCAGCAAGCAGUGGUGGGUUUCCUGGAGGCCAAUCGAAUCAGCUUCCAGGAAGUAGACAUCACCAUGCUGGAGGAGCAGAGGCUCUGGAUGUACCGCAACAUCCCCAGAGACAAGCAGCCGGAAAAAGGCAACCCACUGCCUCCGCAGAUCUUCAAUGAGGAUCGCUACUGUGGGGACUAUGAAGACUUUUUCCAGUCGAAGGAGGAUAACACUGUGUUUGCAUUCCUUGGGCUCAGUUCCCAACCUUCAGUGAAAGAUUCUGAGUCAUAGCCUGGAUCAAACUGCUGAUAUGUGACAUCCAGGGACCCUUAAGAUAUGAGGACAAAAACUGCAUCAUUUUCCCACAUUCCUCCUGCUACAACGCCAGCACGCUGCCAAACAUCAGAUCCCGUGGAUUUCACCCUGUAUGAUCGUUCUCAACACUUAAAACAGCAUGCCACCAUCACUUAACAAGUGUCUGAUUCUCAAGAGACUUAAUCACAGAAGAAGACUUUAUGAUGGAUGCAUUUGUGUUUCCUUUUCCUGUUUAACACACACUGUGACAGCAAACGCUGUCAGUAGCAUAAAUUCUGUGCAAACUAGAUGUAGUAGCUUUUGCAUCAGUAGACCAGUAGCUUAAUUCUACAGUGCAGUGGAUGGGGAAAAUUACU